UCUCCUUUUAUACUUCUCUCUCUCUCUCUAAUCUCAUCACAAAUAGUAUAAAAAGCUCUCUCUCUCUCUCUCUCUAUCUCUCUCUAUAUCAUAUAUUCACCAUCUCCAAAGAGGAGGAACCUUUUCACUCAUUAAUUCCAUUCCAAUCCCCUUUCCAUUAUUUGCCACAAAUGGUGUUAUCAAAGCGUAGCCACAGAGUCUUCAAGUUCAGAUCCCCACAUCAUUGUUCCCAAAACGCCCCCCACCGCGCAAUAAUAUCCCUCCAAAACUUUCCCAUUUCAUUCCCAUAAUAUCCACCUACGUGACAGGUCCCAAAACGUGCAAAACAUUUUUAUCCCCACCACCACCACCACCACCACCACCACUACUAGACUCAAAUUCCACCACCAGGAAAAUUCUCCUCACUCCCAUAUAUCUCUUGCGCACGAACGCGGGAUUUACGUCAAAUGAUAGCGAGGCGCUUCUUCGACCUCUCGCGUUGUCGUCGUCAUCGUCAUCGACAUGGCGCGGAUCAUGCUGGGGAUCGACCACUCGAGGCUCUUCUGGCUCCUCUUCCGCGUGUUCUCCUACGCGAACCACGAAGGGAAGCCGUGAAUCUAGCGCACGAGCUCCCUACGAAUUCUCCUUCCAUCGAGCUCCGGUCGAUGUCGUAGUCAGCUGGCUCCCGCUCCUGCUUCUGCUUUCAGUUCGUUUUCUUUUUUUUUUUUGGUCAAUUUUCUUCGUGUUUGCGUCAUCGCGAUAAGCUUCGAGUUAAUCGACUGAGGGGUAUGGACGACAACGGGUACGUCGAGACCGAUCCGACCGGCCGAUACGGGCGUUUCGACGAAGAACUCGGGAAAGGAGCCAUGAAGACAGUCUUCAGAGCAUUCGACGAGCUCAACGGGAUUGAGGUGGCGUGGAACCAAGCGAAGCUCUGCGACGUUCUGCGAACACCUGAGGCGUUGCAGCGCAUGUACUCCGAGGUCCAUCUCCUCAGCACUCUCCGCCAUGAGUCCAUUAUAAGGUUCCACACCUCGUGGAUCGACGUCCAUAAGCGGACCUUCAACUUCAUCACCGAGAUGUUCACCUCCGGCUCCCUCCGAGAGUAUCGACAAAGGUACCGACGAGUCGACAUCAGAGCUGUGAAGAACUGGGCUCGCCAGAUCCUGCAUGGGCUCGUAUAUCUGCACGGUCACGAUCCUCCAGUAAUCCACAGGGAUUUAAAAUGUGAUAACAUCUUCGUCAACGGCCAUCUCGGGCAGGUCAAGAUUGGCGAUCUCGGACUUGCGGCGGUGCUCCGCGGUUCACAAUCUGCACACAGUGUUAUAGGUACUCCAGAAUUCAUGGCUCCCGAGCUCUACGAGGAAGACUACAAUGAGCUCGUGGACAUAUACUCCUUCGGUAUGUGCAUGCUCGAAAUGCUUACUUCUGAGUACCCAUACAGCGAAUGCUCGAACCCUGCACAAAUCUACAAGAAAGUUACUUCUGGUAAGUUGCCUGAUGCCUACUACAGAAUUCAAGAUCUCGAGGCCAAGCGGUUCAUCAGUCGGUGCUUAGCGAACGCCUCGGAAAGGUCGUCAGCCAGAGAGCUUCUCCUCGAUCCUUUUCUAUUGUUGGAUGGCCACAUUGGUCCUAUGCUGAGCUUGCCAAAUCAAGCAACUAAGCAUACCGCUAUGGCCGAAAGUAUCAAUCCUGGGCAUACACUGGAGGUUUGUAAGCCUAUAUCAGCAGGGAAGAGAACUGACAUGACAAUCACAGGCAGGAUGGAUCCGGAUGAUGAUGCCAUCAUACUCAAAGUACAGAUUGCUGAUGAACAAGGUGAAGUGAGGAACAUAUAUUUCCCCUUUGACAUCAUGAGCGACACACCUAUUGAUGUGGCGAAUGAGAUGGUAAGGGAACUGGAGAUCACUGAUCGGAAGCCGACGGAGAUCGCAGAGAUGAUAGCGCAAGAGAUCUCCAUUCUGGUGCCAGGUUGGAAUGGUGGCGUCCCACCCGAGGACUACAACUAUGGAGACGAGGAUGAAGAUGAGAACAAUCACCCUUUCUACUACAUGUCCUCCCCUUCCUCCUCACAAGGGUCAUUACUUGGUAUAGGGCCUUAUCAAGGUUUCCUUUGCCAACAGGGAAAGUCUCGUAAAGAAAACUGGCUUCCAGAUGUACUUCACCCUGAUGAUGAUGACAUGAGCUCCACACACUCCGGCAAGUACUCUGCCAUAAACUUCUACUCGGCCAACGAACAAGAUAUUGGCACAACCCUGGUCCAGAGAGAGGCUCAGACUCAGCCCGGUCCAAGCAGCCACGAGUCGAUUAUAAGGUUCCACCCCAAAGGGAAUACAGCAGCAGAGACAUUGACCUCCCUCGCCUCCAAACUACACAAGCAGUGCAACAUACUACAAGAGCCCCACUUUCGUGAAAUGGGCACUAGCAGCAGGGGCAAAAGGCCGGUGGUGGACGGGCGGAGAAUGAUGAAGAACCGGUCGAUGGUGGACGUGCGGAGCCAGCUGUUGCACCGGACCCUGGUGGAGGAGCUGAAUAAACGACAUUUUAAGACCGUUGGUGCCGUGGAGAACAUCGGGUUUCAGCCACCUUACGAGAAGUCUUCCUCGCGCGGUUCCGCUGGGUCCUCAUCAUCCUCCUCGUCACGCCAUAGAAGACACUAGGAAGCCAAAGAGGUGAUGCACUUGAUGGCGUAGAGCUACAGAUUUCUUUUUCCCUUUUUUUUUUUUUUCACGCCAUAUCUGGGGGACUGGUUAUGGUACUAAGAGGGCUUGGAUGCUGUUGAUGGAUAACAGUGUGAAUAUGCAUUUUCCUCAUGUCGAGUGCUUGUAAUUUUCAUCAGGUUUUGUUUCUUCAGAGGAAAAUCAGUUUUGCACUCUGUUUGGAAGAAAAGAAUGAGGAAACAGUAGGGAAAAAAAAGGAGGAAAAAAAAAGGAGAAAGAGGAGAGAAAAAUGAUUCUCUGUUAUGUCGUUUGAACCUAUAAAAAUAGGAAAAAAGAGAAAGAUUUGAUACUGUUGUUACUAUUCUCCCCUUUUCUUUUGAGAAGAAAGAAAAUGAACUUUGGCGGGA